GCGUGUUGUAGUCUGCAGCUCACAGUUAGACGACGUUGCUCAUCUGACAGUGUUUGAGGAAUAUGUUGGUUUUUACCGCGUUCUUGUUGCUUAUUCCAUACUUUGGAGCUCCGUCUGCUGAAGCCGUUGAGUCUAUUGUGUCAAAGGCAUCUGACAACGUGGUAGACGUAAUGGCCCAGAAUACUCCAAUACGUUUGAAAAGAGACACGGAAUUUCGCGGUUGUGGCUUGAACCCAACGCCAAUAGUUGGAAGGAACUACACAGCCAGAUCGUGUGUCGAACACAUGGAACACGGAGCGUCUCAAUGUGGAUAUUACGUCAUUCACAAUAAACAAGAAAGUUAUGUUGUGUUUUGCGAUAUCAACACCGAGAUUGGAUUUGCCUACACACUCAUCGAAUCGUUUGCUCUAAAACGCAAUGCCUUUUUUGCGUCAAAGAGUCUGGCGGUUAAUUGGCCUAUCAACGAGAAUUCGCCGAACUGGAACAUGUACCGUCUCUCUCACAGCAGAAUGUCCCUUCUUAGAGAUCGCUCCACCUACUGGAGAGCCACGUGCAACUUUCCGUUUGUCGGCAUUGACUACCAAGACUACGUGAGAGCAAGAAUUACAGACGUAGAUCCAAUAAAAGAGACCUUGUCUGCGACUUGCAAAAAGGUUGAAUACAUCAAUUUGCGUGGUGACCUAGGAUUACAGACGACAGUUGCAUUUUGGAACCAAAACGAAUACCACAUGCAUACUGACAGCAGCCUUAAACUAUGUGCAUUUGGACCCAACGCAGGAGCAGUAAGCAGCGAAGACAACUGGGGCUAUUACGGUACUAUCAAUCCCAAAUUUCGCUGUACAGCGACAGCUGAUUCAACAACGCAAUACUGGUUGGGAGACUACAUACGCGGAAACGUGAGUCGCCAACAAAACGGUUACUAAACAAACAUUUACAAACUGCUGUGCCCAGACAGUUUAGUAGCUCGUAGAGUGUACUAGCUGUAGUUUGCAACGAGUUGACUAAUAAACAAGAAUGAGAUAUUCAACUCAUCCAGUGCCACGUACACUGUACAUCUAGGUAUAUAGACAGAUUUCGAAAUUCAACAUGCAUUUCUUUCCAAAA